AUGCAACCCAAAUCAUAUGAUUCUUCUAUUCUGAGUUUUAUUUCGUCUACAUCCUUCCUCAUAGUGCCACUUGAAGCACUCACUUCAGAUGUUGCUGCUCUAUCUGCUGGACUCCAUUUGGCCGACUCCGAACAACUGCGCUUUGGCCCCGAGGCGACGCCGUCUCGGCUUACCAAAUUCUUAGCAGAACAAUCACAGCGUGUGGCAAACACAGUUGAACAGUCCGACCGAUCGCGCGUCGCCUUCGCUCGUACUCUUGAGUGGUUCGGCGAGGCCCAGGCCAAGCCGAGUCCCGAGCAGUUCUUCGGCAUCAUUUUGCGCUUUGUGGAUCAAUUCAAAGUAAUAUGUCUAUAA